GAAGGGUACGCGGGCUCUACCCUCAUUCGUCGGACACCCUCGGCACUGUCAACAUGAAAUUGACGGCUCUGAUUGUAUUAUGUCUAACGGCGGUGACUCUUGCCGUCCCCGUCCCACAAAAUCGGUACAUCAUCCGCCGUCCACAGAACAGCGUUAACCUCCACAGUGCCGCUCGUCAGCUCAGCAGCAACGCUGGACAAACUUUCACAGUCAAAUUGGACGAUGACAACUUUGACAGCCGAGAAAAUGUCCUCAGUUUGCAAGGAGUUGGUAACUUUGCUACCUCACAAGCUGGAGUUGCUUCUACAGCUGCCAGAACCGCUCAACAGCCUACUGUCCAACAUGUGAGCGUAGGAGGAAACGCCCAAUUCAGGGUACAGGUCGAUGAUGAUGGCUUCGAUAGCCACGAAUCUGAUGAAAUUUUACUGACAACUGCCCCAUGCCCUGCUGGUCAACUUCGUCACGGAACCAGAUGCGUGAUUCCCAAAAUUAACCGCAACAUCUUCGUCUUCGGCCGAAAUGAUGAAGAGCCCGAACCCAAGUCGAUCGAUCCCGCUAUUAUUCCUGAGCCACAACUCGACUACAACAUCAUCUUUGUUCGCUCACGCCCUGCCAAGGCCCAACGCCCCCACAUCGUUCCCCCGCCACAAAAGAAGACGGUUGUCUAUGUUCUUGAAGAUGAGAGCGCUGAAAGUGGUGUGAUCUCAGCUCCAGUCUUCCCAGACGCUGAUCCUGAGGUCUACUACGUCAAGGUCAAGGAAGGCGAAAACCCACAGCUUCCUGGAGGUCUCGAUCUUGAAACUGCUUACAGCCAAGCCAUUCGCCCUCUUAAAGGAGACGACUCUUUCGAAUCAUCCGUUGAGCUUACUCUAGGUCCUGCUCAUGGAGCCGGCAACGUUGGAGUGCCCUUGUCAGCUACACAACCUCAGGCAACCUUCAACGGCGCCGCCGGUUUUGAUGCUGGACAGUCACAGUCAAAUUUCAAUGGCGCCGCAGGUUUUGAUGCUGGACAGUCACAAUCUAAUUUCAACGGUGCGGGUGGUUUUGAUGCUGGACAGUCACAAUCCAAUUUCAACGGCGCGGGCGGUUUUGAUGCGGCACAGUCACAAUCCAAUUUCAACGGCGCCGCAGGUUUUGAUGCAGCACAGCCAGAGGCUACUGCCAACGGCUUUGGCGCUGUCGGAGUUCCUUUGCCUUCAUUCCAAGGCAAUGCUGACUUUGCCAACGGAGGAGCUCAAGGCAGGAGCACGUUUAGUUCACGCGGCACGCGUUUCGCCGCAGGUUCACGUAACUUCGAGGUUGAGGUCGAUGAUGGACGCGUGGAAAUUGAAGCCAAAAGCGAAGAGGCCGUGAGACCGGCGCUCAGAUACGCCGUUCCGCAACUCGGGUAAUUAAGAACACAAUAACUUGACAUUAAUUGUAAGUUUAUUUAAAUGUACAGUUUCAUUUUACGCCUGUUAAAAGUCGAUCUCCCUUGCGAAAUUCUCUUUCAAAUUUAUUAAAUAAUUUCAACGAAUAUAAAAAUUUUUACGACUAAAAUUCAUCACAGCAGAAAAAAAUGCAGCUAGUCAGCUUUCACAACAGGAAAUGAACGUGAUUAUAUCAUAGCUUCAUGUUUUAAAAUGAAGCUUUGGAUUUGUGUUUGUCUCAGAGUAGAAUACAUUCGUAUUUAUU